AUGUGUGAUGAACGGCGAGCUCUUCGAUUCUUAACAAUCGAAACUAUGGCACUUCGAAUCGAGGAUUUUAUUCUCAGUAAUUCUGAACCGAUUACACACAUCGAUGAGCAAGUCGUAUUUCGACUAUUCGAACUAUCGCUUCAUCAGUAUAUUGAAAUACGUCGUACUGCACAAAGUGAAUUAUUCUCUGUUCUUGAUCAUUAUGCUUUCUCGUCUAAUGUGCUUGUCGAUCGCAUUGUUGAGGUGUUGAAAACAGCGAACGAAACUGAUCAUGAUCAAGUCAAAGGUUGUCUAUAUAUUCUUCUUGGUAAUGAUUCAUUUUUCUUGCCAACUCAAAUCUCUUGGUCAAAAAUGGAAAAACUGUGGUCAUCCAUAGCAAGUAUCAGCCAUUCUGAAAAAAGAAGCAUACCAGGUUUAAUUCAACGGAUCAGUCAUAAAAUUGGAAAGCUGUUCGUUACGAAAGAGAUCAAUCAGAAUGCGAACGAAGAAUCGACACGUACGGCAAUUACUCUUUGGCGUUCAUUAGAACCAAAAGAACUAAAAACUGGCAAUCAAGUACAUGAGCAACAAAAUCAAUCGUACAAGGUUUGCGCUCAUGCUUUAAUUUUCAGAACAUGGAAACAACAACAAGUGGCAAUGUCGAUGAUGUUCCAUCUUUUUCAAAAAUAUAUACCAAUGUCGUACUCCUGUAUUCGCACAUGUGUCGAUCUUCUCGUUCAUGAUAAUGUAGAAUUGCGAGAGUAUGCCAUCAAAAGCAUUGCAGCGAUUUGUCGAUUGCAAAAACCGCCUCGUAUCUAUGUAGAAAAAUCCCUGCACGAAAUUCUGCAGCAUAAUGGCCAAUCAUCGGUAACUAUUAUCAACGAUGCAUAUCAUCCUGGUGAUAGAAUGGAUAAUGCGUGGUUAACAAUCGAUGGUUAUAUCCCACCAACCACACAGAGCGAAUGGGAACAAACAUGUUUCUUGGAUAAAUCAUUUCAUGGCUAUUAUACAUGGCCUAAGAUGAUCAAAUAUUCAAUCAAUAAACGAGAACGUUACUCACAAAACAAUAUGCCGGAACAAGCGGCUAUCUUAUAUAAUCGAUUUAUAGACAAAAAUUUCGUCAAACGAAUGGCACAGUUCAUGAUAUUGGACCAUGAUAGUGCAGAUAAUCAAACCGAGUUCGAUAAAAUUCGUUUUGCCGCGUUCAAAGGUCUCUUUCGUAAUUUUGGUCUCGCAUUUAUCGACAACUUCAUGGAACAAUUGUACAUGCUUAUUCAUGAAAAGACAAAAGAGAAACAGAAUGGAAGUCAUCGAGUUGCAGCAGAAAUUGUCGCCGGUAUGAUUCGUGGUUCAAAAUAUUGGACAAUAGAAAUGCUUGACGAACUCUGGAAAAAUCUGACAGUAUUUCUCAAUGAAGUUUGUAGCAAUCUCAGUUCGAAUACAUACUCAUGCUGGGGCUCAUGCUUUAAGUACGCUAUGGAAAACGAAGAUCCUCGUCGUAUGUAUCGGCCAAUACAGUUUCUUCAAUCAUUGAUCAAUAAUCCAGCAGCCAUCAAUAUAUCGAGUGUUACAUCACUUUGGUAUAUUAUUCAACAAUUGGACGUUUUCAAAUGGCGUGUUCCAUCGAUUUGGCGCUAUAUUAAUGAUCAUGUGAAGAAACUAUUGCAUCAUUCGUUCACAGCAAUACGAGAUCGCAUGGCCAUUGUUUUAUCUAUAUCCCUCAUUUUCGACUUAACAUUGUUUCAUGGGGAAGCGAUACGUCAACCCAAUAUUGAUCAAACUGUUGAUGAAAUACACGAACAAUUGCAUCGAGCUAUCCAAAUUUAUGAGGAAAAGCCACUAACUAGUGUAUCUGAUCAAAUUGUUGAAAUUGAUCCUGAAGUGCGUGAAGCGUUGAAUUUUAUUGGCACAGUGAUUCUUAUACAUACAAAAAUUUUCGCCUUUUGUUCACAACCGAUAAAAAAUUCCAUUAUUCGUAUUUUCCCCACUCUGUGCAAUAUUGAAAGUAUUGUGGCCCAUGAUGAUGUUCUUAAGACGAACUUGGCAAUGAGUCGAUUGAAUGUCGGUAUGGCUUAUUUGAAUGUGCACUUCUUGGAAGCACUUAUCAAACAAUUAGAACACGUAUAUGCGAGUUCAGCAUGGCAUGCACGUCAAGUAGCCAUUGACUUUGUUCAAACGAUGAUCUUUAGUAAUCUAUUCAAUGCUCGUUCUUAUGCUAACCGCAUACAUGAUUUUGUAUUAAAAUCUCUAUCUGAUGAACAAUAUGAAGUGCGAAUAAUUGCAUCGACAACUCUAUCAGGUCUCUAUCAAUGUGGUUACAUUCAAGUGACUGAUGAAGAUCUAGAAUAUUUUCGCACCAUGAGCAGGACCAAUUAUUUUACGAAAAUCAAUACCAAGAAAGUGAUAUCGACGAAUGAUAUUAUCAAAAGACAUGCCGGUGUAUUGGGUCUCUGCGCCAUCGUUCUAUCGAAUCCAUAUGAUAUUCCGAUGUAUGUACCAGAUAUAUUAAUGCUUCUCUGUGAACAUCCACAUGACCCGCAUCUAAUACAAAAAUCGAUUAAACAAUGUUUAUCCGAUUUUCGUCACACUCAUCACGAUUCAUGGCACGAACAUCGAGAAAAGUUCACUGACGAUCAACUUGUCGUUUUGGCUGAUGUACUCAUUUCUCACACUUAUUAUGUUUGA